AUGCGAAUGGUUCCACAGGCAGGACUUGACACCACGCUUGCCCCCAUCCGGUGCCUUCCCCGAGGUGUGGACGACACUGUCACUGUGCUACUCCAGUACCCAGGAGGGGUCCGUGGCAGCUUCACCUGCAGCAUCACUGCCCAGCUCUCCAGUAGGGUCUGUGUGAGCGGUACCAAGGGCAUGGCCCAGAUCCUCGACCCCUGCUGGUGUCCAACAGAGCUGGUGGUGAAGGGGGAGCAUAUGGAGUUCCCAUUGCCCCCAGCCCCAGGCAAGGAGUUCAGUUUUACAAAUGGAAUGGGCAUGAGUUAUGAGGCCAAGCACGUCCAGGAAUGCCUGCAGAAGGGCCUGAAGGAAAGUCCUGUGAUUCCUCUGGCGGAAAGUGAGCUCCUGGCUGACAUCCUUGAGGAGGUGAGGAAGGCCACUGGAAUCACCUUCCCCCAAGACAAACACUGAUGUACGUCCUGAACAAAUCAAGACAUGCUGGGAAUUCCCUGGCUGUCCAGUGGUUAGGGCUCCGCGCUUUCACUGCCAAGGGCACGGGUUCAAUCCCUGGCUGGGGAACUAAGAGCCCACAAG